AUGUCUUAUCAAUACGAUUAUAAUGAAUUGUUUGAUUUCAAUGAAACAGACAAUUUCUUGAAUAAUUUAUCAUCAUCAAUUUCUUCAAUUAGUCCUGAAUCUUUAGAUGAUAAAAAUGAUUAUAUGAAUAAUUUAGAUUUUGAUUAUCAACCAAAGAAUUCAGGGGUUCAAAUGAAUCAAGUACAAAUGAAUUUUACUGAUUCUAUUGAUUCUGAUAAUAAAAUUAAUAUGAGUAAUAGUUUGAAUAAUAGUUUAAAUACCUCGAUGAGUAUGAAUGAUGUAUUUGAUUCCCAAGGUUCAAUAUCUUCACAAAAUGAUGUUACUCCAGUUUCUCAACCUUCAACUGAAACUUCACCAGAAAUUAAAGAAGAAUUGGAUGAUUCUUUGUUAAAUUCAAGAUCAACAACAAUUAAUCCUAAAAAAGGUGGUAAUAAGAAGAAAGAUAAAACCAGUCAUAAUAUGAUUGAAAAGAAAUAUAGAACCAAUAUUAAUAGUAAAAUAUUAUUAUUAAGAGAUGCUGUACCAUCAUUAAGAAUUGCUAGUGGUAAAAGUUCAAUGAAAGUUGAAGAUUUAGAAGGUUUAAGUCCAGCUUCAAAAUUAAAUAAAGCUAGUGUUUUAACUAAAGCUACUGAAUAUAUCAAACAUUUAGAGAAUAAAAAUGAAUUAUUAAGUCAACAAAUUAUGAAUUUACAAAGGGUUAUUCAACAAGGUAAUAUGAAUCAAUCACAAUCAAUUCAAAUGCAAAUUCAACAACCUCCACGUCAACAAUAUCCAAUACAGAAUCAACCAAUGUCCCAAUCAUCAUCAUCAAAUUAUGAAUUCGAUAUGUAUAAUUAUCCCCUUGAUGUUCAAGUUGAACAACAACCAACUUCUGGACCAAAUAAAUAUUUACUCGGUGGUAUGGCUGCAGUUAUGGGUACUUCAAUGUUUACAGGACCUGAUGAAAUCCGAGGAUUAUCAGCUAUUCCUUUACCAAUAAUAAAACCUUUAAUAUCGUUACUUUCAAAUCCAAUUACUAAUAAUUUAUGGUAUGUUUUGAAAAUAAUAUUGAUAGUUGGAUGUAUUGGGAAUUUAUUAUUACCACAAUUAUUCAAUAAUGGACCUAAAGAAACCAUUAAAACCGGUAGUAUUAAGAAUCUAGUGAUGGUUAAUUUAGGUUUAAGAUUACCACAAUCAAUUGAUAAUAAAGUUAAACAUCAAAUUAUCAGUAGAUUAUCAGGUAAAUCACCAACUUCACCAAACACUUUAUUCCAAGAUUUUGUUUAUUUAUCAUCAUUGGAAAGUAAUUUUGAAAAUGUUUAUUUAUGGUUAUUAUUAACAUCUAUCAUAAUUGCAAAAUACCCAAUAAUGAAGAAUCUUUUAUCCAUGAGUAUCAAUAUGAGAUAUUCAUUAAUUUUAAAUUUACAACAUCCUGAAGAUAAACAUUUGAAUAAUUUAAGUCAAUUGGUUAAAGUUGAUGGAUUAGUUAUGUUCAAAAGUAAUGUUAUCAGCAGAUUAACUAAUUUAAUUAACAGAAAACCAAUUAAUGAAGGAAUUGUUGAUGAUUCCAAUUAUUUGAAAUUUAUUGAAGUUUAUCAAAAUUUUAAACAUCAAGAUGGUGAUUUUUAUGAAUUAAUUUUCAACUGGAGAAUUAUUGAUAUCUUGAAUGACUUAAUUUUAGUCUAUUUAGAUAAUAAUUUCGAAUUAAACAAUAAAUUAUCAAAAGAUAUCAAACUUAUUGAAAAUUUAAUUGAAAAGACCAAUUCAAAAUCAGGUAAGAACUUCUUACAACAAUUCAAAGUUAUAAUUGAUAGUAAAAAAGUUGGAGAUUUAAUCAAAUCAGUUAAUGAAAAAAUCAAUUCAAAAGUUGAAGAAAUUUCAAUUGAAUUAAAUGGUAUAGAUUUAACUGAUGAUGAAUCAUGGUCAAGUGAAGAAACAGAAAUUGAAGAAGUUGAAGAAAAAUCAAGUUUAAAGAAGAUUGAUCCAAAAUUCUUAUCAAGUUUAAAUGUUAUUUCACCUGAAGAAUUUAUUAUAAUAACCAGUUCUAUUAUAAUAAAUAAUCAACAAACUAAAUUUUUAAAAUAUUUACAACAUAAAUUACCAUUAUCAUUGAUAUCAUUCACAAUGUUAUUCAAAUUGGUUGAUACAUUGAAUGAAGAUGAUUUACAAAUUGAUAUAAUCUUAAAUAAUUUAAAAGAUUGGGUAAAGAACAAUAAUUUAAUCAAUGAUGAUUUAAAAAUAAAAUUGAAUGAAAAUUUAAUUAAAAAGGGUAUGGUAGUUAACGGUAGUGAGGAUUAG